AUGACACCACUGGAAAAUCACCUCGUUAUGAGCACACAAGCUAAGGAUGAGCAUGACGGGCAUAUGGGCGCAGGGGGCCAACACAGGGGCCAUGUGAAUGAGCUGCGAAUUCCCCGAGGUGUGCCCAUGCACACACUCUCUCCUGAUAGCCAGCUGACCCACCUUCCGCACCCAUCCAGCACCGUCGGCAUCGUCUGGGGCUACCCAGACGAUGCCGAUAUAUGUCUUCCUCGAUAUCCCAUGGACAUCAUCGCGAUCAGUGCCGUUUCGUCUAUGACCAGCCGCCUUCCUCAAUGCCACCUUCCUCAAUGCCACCGCCCGCCUGUCCACCUGUGUCCACCCCCUCUUGCAUUGUAG